AUAUGUGACAGAACUGUCACAAGUGUAUAAGGUUCAAUGUGAACAAAAUAUUUGCUAACACAUACAGUCGGGCUUAUCUAUUCAACUAGAAAAAUGUUCAAAUCAAAAAAUCUUUUAAUUGGAGCCAACCGGUUAAACCGUCGCUUCCAAAGUACACUCGUUAUUGCUGAGCAUAAUGAAAAGAAUCUAACAGCAAUUACGCAAAAUGCUGUCACAGCGGCGCAAAAAAUCGGUGGCGAUGUCACAGUUUUAGUUGCUGGCACUGAUUGUGCAGCGGUGGCCGAACAAGUGUCAAAGUUAAAGGGAGUAUCAAAGGUGCUAUUGGCUCAGAAUGCAGCAUUCAAGGGGCAUACGGCUGAAACCGUUACCGAUGCAGUAGUAUCGCUGCAAAAUCAAUUGAAAUUUACACAUAUUUUGGCGGGUGCAUCGGCAUUUGGUAAAAAUGUAACACCACGAAUUGCGGCCAAGCUUGAUGUAUCACCUAUCUCUGAUAUCAUCGGCGUUAAAUCGCAGGAUACAUUCGUGCGGACAAUUUAUGCUGGAAAUGCGAUUCAAACACUCAAAGCCAAAGAUGCAGUUAAAGUGUUGACAAUUCGUGGAACAAAUUUUGAGGCAGCUGCCGAUGGUGGUAAUGCUGCGGUUGAAAAUGCACCAGAAAUUAAAGUAACCGAAGGUCUAUCGACUUUCCUCGGCCAAGAAAUUUCCAAAUCCGAUCGACCGGAAUUGACAAGCGCCAAAGUCAUCAUUUCUGGAGGUCGUGGCCUCAAAUCCGGUGACAACUUUAAAUUGUUGUAUGACUUGGCUGAUAAAUUUGGUGCUGCUGUUGGUGCUUCACGUGCCGCCGUUGAUGCGGGCUACGUACCAAAUGACUUACAAAUUGGACAAACUGGAAAAAUUGUUGCACCGGACCUAUACAUCGCUGUCGGUAUUUCGGGUGCAAUCCAACAUUUGGCUGGUAUGAAAGACUCAAAGACCAUUGUAGCUAUAAACAAAGAUCCAGAAGCACCAAUUUUCCAAGUGUCUGAUCACGGGCUUGUUGCCGAUUUGUUCAAAGCUGUUCCAGAGCUCACUGAAAAAUUGUAAAUCAAUCAAUGGAGCUAAAAUUAUUUUGUUUAAAACAACGUUAAUUCUUAAUUAAAUUGAGUUCUUUUUUAUUGUUUUACAUUUCCAAUACAAAGAAAUGGCUUGAAAAUUUAGAUACUUGCAUAAAAUCAAAGAUGUUUUGUAAGCACAUUGCUAUAUAUUUUCAAUAAAAAAAAUACGAAUGAAAUUCGUUCAAUAAUAA